GCCCCCCAGGAGGACUCCAUAGGGGGAUUGCCCUCUGUUGGGCCUUCUGCUGCCUGAAGCAGCCUCCACAGGACUCUCACUCCCACCCAGCACUGCCCAGAGCUGGGUAGGGGGCAGGCAGGGUGGCCCAAGGGUGUGGUGUGGGAUGUGCUUGAGGUGGCGGCCCUUCCCCCGAGGGACAGCUUUGUUUGAGGAUGGACACCACUGCUUCCUCCCGAGGGUCUCUUCUCUGACCAUCUAGUUGCUUGAAAAUGUCCUGUCACGCCCACCUCAGCCACUGCCUGGGGGAGCCCACCUGGCCGACUGCAGUGGAAGGAAGCCCAGCCACCCCUUGGGCAGGCUGCUACCCCGUGGGGAGUGCUGAGCAAUGUCACCACGACCCACAAGUCAGUAAUGACCUGCGUGUACAUUAAGUUGACCUCUUGAGGCCAUGAGGCCCUAGCUGGGCUUCAUAUGCCAGGGGCUCCUGUGGCCUCAUUGGGGAACACUAACCCCAGCGCUGCACUGGGGGCUGCAGGGUCUCAGUGGGCCUGCCCCUUCACUGUCCAUACUGGGGUGGUGGGUCGGGAGAACAGGAUGGCCCAAGAAGCCCCCUCCAUUUUGCUUCUCCCUGUGCUGCAAGGCCCAGGGGACAUCCUGGCCAAGGCCUGGGUGUCACCUCCACAAGCUGCAAUGUGGAUUAGUGCCCAGGGUGCCCUGGACCCCGUAUUCCUGGUGAGGCCCUAAGUGGGGUGUUCCCAAGGAUGAAGGGUCCAGAGGCUGCACAUCGUUAGAACGGGCCCUGUGUCCUCUCUGGGUCUCUGGCCUUGGCUGCGGAAUAACCUGAACCCCGGGUUCCUGGGUGCAGCCCUGGGAGAGGGAGGGCCCUCUGGCCGUCCAGCGAGGUGCCCUGGCCUGUGGGCUCAUCGCGGCCCCAGGGGGAAGGGCGCAGGGUGCCGGCCGCCUGGGCCCGGUGCCGAGGGAGUGCGGCCCGUCCAGGGCAGCCCGGGGUCUGCCCUCUGCUUCGGGGUGGAAGUGUCAGCCAGGACAUCGGCCAUCUGCAGGCGAGGCCAGGGCGUCACUCCCAAGCGGGCUGCCCCCGGCUGCCGCGCGGCCGACCCUGGCCGCCUGGAGGUUGGGACGAGAGUUGCGCCUGGGCCACGCUCUGCGGCACUCCGACUCCGCUGCCCAGCUGCCGGGACCCACGACUGCGCGGCCGGCCGCUUCAGGCCAGGACCGGAAGUGGCCGCGAAUAGCGCCGCGCGCGUCGACGCACUUCCGUUCCUCGAGGCUUCCAGCAGGUGGCGCUGGAGCUCCAGGAACGCGGCGCUGGCCGACAGCCCUCGAGUAUUCUGGGAGUCGCAGUCCUGCCUCCCUCCUCCCCUUAUUUCCGGUCUCUUUGCGAGGGAGUGCGGCCGCUUCCGGGAGGGAAGGCUAGGGAGGGCAGCGCAUGCGCAAAGGCCACACUCCCGACAGGCCUCGGGAGUAGCGGCUCAGUGCCUUGUGGGAGAUGUAGUUCUUCAGGCGCCGAAGCCGCGGUUCUCGGCCGGCGGAGGACUCGGUUUCCCAGAGUGCCGAGCGCAGCCCAAGAUGGAGGCAGCCAGGCUGCGGUGAGCCGCCAGUGACAGUUGAGCUGCUGAACAGAGCCGUGUCCGGGGCCUGUACCACCAAGAACCUUUGCCUGCGCUCGGCCCACCAGCAGUGUCAGCCCAGGCAGCCAGCAGAGAGGGGAGGUGUGGCGAGGCCUGAGGACACAUGGCCAAGGCAGGGGCGGGCCCGCAGCCCUUUGGCUUGGAUGUCGACGUGUUGCCUUCCGACACUGUCUCCCUCAGCGACUCAGACUCCGACUUCAGUCUGCUUGACGAUGCUGAGGUGGAGGCUCUAUCCCCAGGGGGGCUGCCUGGGGAGUCCCAAGGGGACUCAGGCCCCGAUGAGCCCCCCUCGCCCCUCGGGAGCCUCCCUACAGCGGCGGAGCAGCUGUUCCACCUGAGGGGCACCAGCCCCACCUUCUCCCAGCGCAGCCAUGACAUCUUUGACUGCCUGGAGGGGGCGGCCCGGCCGGCUCCACCCUCUGUGGCCCAGACCGGCCUGGGUGAUGAUGGGGGCUUCAAGCAGCCGCUGACACCCUCCAGCCAGCCUCCAGCGGGGGGCCGGGGCAGGGCCAGUCAGAGCGCUGCCCCUCCAAAGGUGCCUCCCGUCCCCGACUACAUGACCCACCCCGAGCGCUGGACCAAGUACAGCCUGGAAGACGUGGCUGAGGCCAGUGAGCAGAGCAACCGGGCCGCUGCCCUGGCCUGCCUGGGCUCCCAGAGCCUGGCUGCCCCCAGCGACUACACGCCCUCUUUCAACCAGGACUCCUCCAGCUGCGGGGAGGGUCGAGUCAUCUUCACCAAACCCGUCCGACCUGGCGAGGACCGACCUGAGAGGAAGAGGGUCCUGAGGAAGGCGAGGGAGCCAGGCAGGGGCGCCCCUGGGAACCCAGGGGCAGUGGGCAGUGAGGGCCCUGUGGAGCUGGCCCACCUGGCCAGGCCUGAGAGCCCAGGGGCUGAGGAGUGGAGCAGUCCCCAGGGGGGCUUGCAGGAGGUGGGUGCGCCAGAAGGAGCAGGCCACUCUGGGUCAGUGGUCAGACCCCCUCUAGCGGAGACGGUGGGCUUCCAUGGCAGCAGGAAGCGGAGUAGAGACCACUUCCGGAGCAAGAGCAGCAGCCCCGAGGCCCCGGGUGCUGAGGUCUGAGAGGAGAGACUGCCUGGCUGGCCUCCGUGUCCUGGGGUGGAAGAGUCUUGGGGCCGCACCUCCUGGGGACGGGAGCUGGCGGGCUGCCUGUAGGUGGCACCAGUGGCCUGGGCUGGGGCUGAGGCAGUUGUGUUGGGAGCAGAGACCUUGCUGAGGGUGGGCACCAGGGGACGGCAGAAGCCCUGACCCAACCACUUGCCCGUGGGGACAUUAAAGGUUUUGGGUGUCUGUCA